CAAAAUGUGAAUGGCAGUAACACCUCCGGUUGCAACGAGAUCAACUAGGAAAGAAAUUUAAUAACAAAAUCCAAGAGUUAAUAGAGAAAAUAUAUAAGUCACCACCUGGCACCGGCGGACACUCUCAAUAGCCCAUCAUCGUCUGGCCAGGCCAGCUAUAGAAACCAAAGAGGCCCUGCCUUACCGCCGCCUCCUCCUCUUACGUCACCCACAAACAACCUUCUCCCGCCACAAUUGACAAAGUCCGUCACCAAAAGUAACAACAAUGAACUCCCAAUCUGGAGAAGAAGGUCCCGGAGAAGGUGAUAACAGAAAAGAUGAAUCAACCCGGCUAUUAUCGACAUCAGCUGAAUCUCCGAUAAACCCGACAUUAGACGACGAAGUAGCUUUCGAAGCGCGAGAUAAAAUCCUGAUUGUGGAUUUGGACAGCCAGGAUGGUAUUGACGCCGACGAUUACACACCGCCAUUCUCGUGGAAGAAACUGUGGUUGUUUACAGGACCAGGUUUUUUAAUGAGCAUAGCUUUUUUAGAUCCAGGUAAUUUAGAAGGAGAUCUUCAAGCUGGAGCAAUUGCUGGAUAUUCGUUAUUGUGGUUGCUGAUGUGGGCCACGGUUAUGGGGUUGCUGAUCCAGAUGCUAUCGGCGCGUGUAGGUGUGGCCACGGGAAGGCAUUUAGCGGAGUUGUGUAGAGAGGAGUAUCCCAAUUGGGCUAGGUUAAUUUUGUGGUUUAUGGCCGAGGUGGCACUUAUUGGUGCUGAUAUUCAAGAAGUUAUUGGGAGUGCUAUUGCUAUUCAUAUUUUGAGCAAUGGCUUUUUGCCUCUUUGGGCUGGUGUUGUUAUUACAGCCUUGGAUUGUUUUAUGUUUUUAUUUCUAGAGAAUUAUGGAGUGAGGAAACUAGAAGCUGCUUUUGCAAUUCUUAUUGCAACUAUGGCAAUUUCAUUUGCUUGGAUGUUUGGUGACACUAAGCCAAGUGGAAAAGAACUUUUAAUGGGUAUAUUGAUUCCAAGGCUUAGUUCAAAAACUAUUCGUCAAGCUGUGGGGGUUGUAGGUUGCGUCAUAAUGCCUCACAAUGUGUUCUUGCAUUCAGCUUUGGUACAGUCAAGAAAGAUUGAAACACAGAAGAAAGGUCGCGUCCAGGAGGCCCUAAAUUACUACUUGAUCGAGUCGUCUGUUGCUCUUUUGAUAUCAUUCAUGAUUAAUCUAUUUGUGACGAGUGUUUUUGCCAAGGGAUUCCAUGGUAGUAACCAAGCAAAUAGCAUAGGACUAGUCAAUGCUGGGCAGUACCUUCAGGAAAAAUAUGGAGGGGGGCUCUUUCCUAUUCUUUAUAUCUGGGGCAUUGGCUUGUUAGCAGCAGGGCAGAGUAGUACAAUAACUGGUACAUAUGCUGGGCAGUUUAUCAUGGGAGGUUUUCUCAACCUUCGCUUGAAGAAAUGGUUGAGGGCAUUAAUAACUCGAAGUUUUGCUAUUGUGCCAACUAUGAUAGUAGCUCUUGUGUUUAACAAAUCUGAAGCUUCUUUGGACAUUUUGAAUGAAUGGCUAAAUGUGCUUCAGUCCAUACAGAUCCCCUUUGCACUUAUUCCCCUUCUUACCUUGGUGUCUAAGGAGCAAGUCAUGGGGUCCUUUAGAAUUGGGCCUAUUCUUGAGAGGUUGGCAUGGACAGUAGCGAUCCUGGUUAUCCUGAUAAAUGGUUAUCUGUUGCUUGAUUUCUUCGUAUCUGAAGUUAAAGGACUGCUGUUUGGUUUUCUUGCCUGCACUGGCACAGUUGCAUAUAUAGCAUUUAUUAUUUAUCUGGUUUCACGAGGCAGCACUCUAUCUUCGACUUGGCUAAGUUUAGAACUAUCGAAGAGGAAUGCUUAUGCUGGAAAUUGAGUUUGUUCAAGUUCAAAGAAAUUUCAGAAUAUUGGAAUAACAACAGUGUGUCGCCAAGCCUGCCAUAGAGCGCAAAAGUGGUUGAGACGCUCUCAACAUCACAACAUUCUUUCAUUGUCAUAAUCCCUAACCAUGGCGCACACGAAAAGUGAGUAUACAAUCUUACUACUUUUGGCACAGAGGAGCUAUAUGGUCAUGAUGUUUUAUUACUUGAUCAUUUGAGGACAAUAUCUCUUGUUGAUUUGGUGAGAGGCUUUUUUAACGGAAGGGUGAUGACAACUUCCUUGCAAUAGUAGUUUUAGUUUAUAAAAAGUAGGAAGAGUUUAUUAUUAUUAAAUAUUAUUAUUCUUUGUGGCUAUAGUUGAUCUUGUACCAUAGUCAAAAUGUUAUUGUAAUUUACUUGAAGAGACUAUACAACAGAAUGAAAUGACUUUUUUCUA